UUCAUGUUUGAGCCACUCAAAGCGGAAGUCAUGCUGUUGCGCAAAUAUGAUCAUGAAAUGGAAACAAAAGUGAAGGAGCAAUUCGUUGAGCUGCCGUUGUCAUGGAUCAAACUGAAGAAACUCAAGAACAUCGUACGAACGGACAUUGAUCCGGUGAAGGAGCAUCAAAUGAAUUUGACUGGCAAACGUAUCAAAUUGUUCGGCUUGCGACUUAGAGAUUUCAACAAACGCUUCCGAAGACAGGCAUUCUUCAGUCGAGAUUGUCAAACUGCCUACGAACUCAUUGAUCAAAUGCUUGAGCAGAUUAUUAAGUACGAGAAACAGGCCGAAUUGUUGGAUAUUUUUGCCGUUCUGUUCAAUAUCAAUGUUGGUCCAAAUCGUGCGAUAAUGCAAGAGUGUCGAAGAGACACAAAGGUGCUAAAGCAAGUGUGGGACUAUUGGUAUUCCAUGCAACAUCGCAUUUAUUUGUGGGAGAAUACAUUGUGGUCGAAAAUUGACGUUGAAGCUGUUGAAGGCGAGUGCAAACGAAUUGCUAAGGAGGUACGUGCCAUGGAUACCUGCUGUAAGCAGUGGGACCCAUUUGUCGUUUUGGAAGGCGAACUGCUGAAUCUGAUGACAUCAUUGCGAGUACUCACUUCCAUACAAAAUCCGUCGAUCAAAGAACGCCACAUCGACGAAUUGAGAGGCAUCGUGGGCUACUAUUUCGAAAUCAACGAAAAGACCACAUUCAAUGACUUAGUGAUGUUGAAAUUGCAUUUGUACGAAGAUCAAGUUAAGGAGCUGGUUGAUAAAGCAGUUAAAGAGCAAGCCAUCGAAAAGGCACUGGUGGAAAUCGUUAAGGUGUGGUCUGACAUUGGCUUUGAGUAUGAGCAGAUUGGUAACAAGAAACUGUUGAAAGUGUCCGAUGAUUUUAUGGAGUUGCUGGAGGAUAAUCUUACGCAGCUUCAAUCGAUGAUGGACUCAAAAUUCGUCGGCUAUUUUUACGAUCAAGUGAGUGAAUGGCUGAAAAAAGUGUUCAGCGUGCAGCAGGUUGUCGAGCUAUGGAUGGAAGCUCAACGUAAAUGGGUUUAUUUGGAGGUGAUUUUCGUUGGAUCGGAAGAUAUCAACGAGCAAUUGCCCGAAGAAGCGCGCAAAUUUGCAGUAGUUGACCAAGGUUUUCGAAAGGAAGUCGAGAUUUUGGAAGAGUCACGCACGGCGGUCGAUGCAUGCGGCAGAGAAGGCCUUAUCGAAUACCUCAAGUUCUUGGAACCAGAAUUAGCCGAUUGUGAACGUGCCCUGAAUGCUUACCUUGAAACAAAACGUUUGGCGUAUCCACGAUUCUAUUUCGUAUCGACAGCCGAUUUGCUGGACAUUUUGUCAAACGCUACCAAUCCGGAGUACGUUGGAAAACAUCUGACCAAACUCUACGAUUCACUGGCUAAGCUGAUAUUUAGAAGCGACGGUACUAAGCAGGCGUAUGCGAUGCAUUCAAAGGAGAAUGGCGAAGAAGUGGAAUUUUUGAAUGAAUGCAGUUGCGAGGGGCAAGUUGAAGUUUGGUUGAAUCGAACCACCGAUUCAAUGCGGGAAACAUUGCACAACAAAUUUGAAGGUGCACUGAAAGCUUACGCUACUAAGCCACGACACCAAUGGAUUUUCGAUUGGCCAGCACAGCCGGCUCUUUGCACGACACAAAUCGUUUGGUCGCGUGACACAGAUGCAGCAUUUGCUGAACUGGAAGCUGGAUUUGAAAACGCUCUGAGAAACUAUCAGAAGAUACAAGUUCAAAUGCUGAAUGCACUCAUUAACUUGCUCAUGGGGACACUAACCAAAGGCGAUCGCCAGAAAAUUAUGACCGUGUGCACAAUCGAUGUGCAUUCAAGAGAUGUGGUUGCCAAGAUGAUUUCGCAGAAAGUUCGAACGCAUUCAUCAUUCCAGUGGCAACAGCAGCUCAGGCAUCGUUGGGAUACAAAGGAGAACGACUGUUUUGUGAACAUUUGCGAUGCUCAGUUCCGUUAUUGGUAUGAGUACCUUGGAAAUUCACCACGACUCGUUGUAACGCCACUAACUGAUCGCUGUUACAUUACUUUGACGCAAUCACUGCAUUUGGUCAUGGGAGGAGCUCCAGCUGGGCCUGCGGGAACGGGAAAAACCGAAACGACCAAAGAUUUGGGCAAAGGCUUAGGAAUGAUGGUUUACGUCUUCAAUUGCAGUGAACAGAUGGAUUAUAAAUCAUGCGGUAACAUAUUCAAAGGACUGUCUUUGACUGGAGCAUGGGGUUGCUUUGAUGAGUUCAAUCGUAUUUCGGUUGAAGUCUUAUCAGUAGUUGCAGUUCAAGUAAAGUCAAUUUUGAAUGCGAUCAAGGCAAAGAGAGAGCGUUUCAAUUUCAUGGGCGAAACAAUUAGUCUUAUACCUACAAUUGGUAUGUUUAUCACCAUGAACCCUGGAUACGCCGGCCGAACUGAACUACCGGAAAAUGUGAAAUCACUGUUUCGACCAUGUGCGAUGGUUGUUCCAGACUUUGCGCUGAUUUGUGAAAUUAUGUUAGUUGCUGAAGGCUUCCAAGAAGCACGUGUUUUAUCGCGAAAGUUCAUUACACUGUACACGUUGUGCAAGGAACUACUAUCGAAGCAGCAUCAUUACGAUUGGGGAUUACGUGCCAUAAAAUCGGUGUUGGUUGUGGCUGGAAAUCUGCGUCGUGGUGAUAAAGAUCGUCCCGAAGUGCAAGUAUUGAUGCGAGCUCUGCGCGAUUUCAAUGUGCCAAAAAUUGUCACCGAUGAUAUGCCCGUGUUCAUGGAUUUGAUUGGUGAUUUGUUCCCUGCACUUGAUGUGCCACGAAAGCGUGACUUAGAAUUUGAAAAAUCGGUGAAACAAGCGGCGAUCGAUUUGAAAUUGCAACCUGAGGACAAUUUUAUAUUGAAAGUGGUUCAGCUAGAAGAAUUGUUUGCUGUCCGACACUCGGUGUUCAUUGUUGGUGAUGCUGGUACAGCUAAAACAUGCAUCUGGCAAACACUCAAUCAAACGUACAAAAACAUGGACAGAAAGCCGCAUUACGAUGUGCUCAGCCCGAAAGCGGUUACAAACGACGAACUGUUUGGUGUUAUAAAUCGCAAGACUGGCGAAUGGAUUGAUGGUUUAUUCUCGUUCAUAAUGCGUAAUCAAUAUGAAAUGCCCGGUGAUGGACCGAAAUGGAUCGUACUCGAUGGCGAUAUCGAUCCACAGUGGAUUGAGAGUUUAAACACACUUAUGGAUGACAACAAAGUGUUGACACUGGCCAACAAUGAACGAAUCGCGCUUAAAGCCGAGAUGCGACUUUUGUUCGAAAUCUCUCACUUGAAAACAGCGACACCGGCAACAGUUUCACGAGCUGGUAUCUUGUUUAUAAAUUCAGCUGAUGUGGGUUGGAUGUCUUAUGUUAAUUCAUGGGUCGACACUCGGAAAACAAACAGUGAAAAAUCCACACUACGACGACUUUUCGAUCAAUACGUUCCAACACUCAUGCAACUCGUGGCCACCAAAAUGAAAACCAUUGUUCCAAUAUCACCGAUUGCAAUGAUUAUGCUGAUUUGUAAUCUGCUCGAAUGUCUACUUGACCCGGAGAAUAUGCCAAAGAAAGGAGUGGACGCAUGGUAUGAAAUGAUUUUCGUGUUUGCCACUAUAUGGGGUAUUGGUUCCUCACUUUUCAAGGACACAAAUUCUGAUUAUCGCGAAGAGUUCAGUAAAUUCUUCCGUAAAGAAUUCCAAACCGUUACAUUCCCGCUGGGAGAAGGAAAGAACAUUUUCAGCUACUAUGUUGAUGUUGAAUCAAGAGAGUUUCGGCCAUGGACUGACCUGUUGCCCGAAUUUCAUUUGAAUGUUGAUUUACCGCUUCAAAUGGUUCUUGUCGACAAUGAAGAGACCAUUCGAUUGAAAUACUUUAUCGAAAUGUUGAUUCGAGCACGGCGUGGCGUAAUGUUGGUUGGAGCUGCUGGCUGUGGUAAAAGUGUUAUCAUGAAUGGAAAACUGAAGGAAUUGUCUGACGAUUAUUCGGUGGCACAGGUGCCGUUGAACUUCUACACCAGCUCCGAAAUGAUGCAAUCCAAUUUGGAGAAACAUUUGGAACGACGAACGGGUCGCACGUAUCGACCAAUCGGACCGAAAGCGAUGAUUUACUUUUUGGAUGACAUGAACAUGCCUGAAGUGGACACGUAUUACACAAUUCAAGCGCACACAAUUGUACGUCAAUUCAUGGACUACUCGUCGUGGUUCGAUCGAGCUGAUUUCGUGUUGAAAGACAUUCAAAAGUGCCAAUUCGUUGGUGCAUUCAAUCCAACGUCUGGAUCGUUUACGAUUGACCCACGGUUACAGCGAUGGUUCUCAACAUUUGCCGUAAACGAGCCGAAUGACACGCAAAUCCGUAGUAUUUACUUCAAUAUUUUGUCGCAAUACCUGAGCGAUCCGUUGAAUGAGCUAUCGAAAGGAGUUGUCGAUCAGUGUGACGAUAUCGUUGAUGCUUCCAUUCGUUUGCAUAAGAGAAUGAUUAAAAACUUUUUGCCGACCGCUCAGAAAUUCCAUUACUUCUUUAAUAUGCGCGAUUUGACAAACGUUUUUCAAGGAUUGCUAUGGGCGACAAAAGAGUGUUGCCCGAAUGUUGGAAGUUUACUGCGGCUGUGGGCACAUGAAUCGACUCGCGUUUAUUGCGAUAAACUCAUCACACUUGAGGACAAUGCACAAUUUGAAGUUCAACUUAAAGAAACCAUCGACGAGUCAUUCGGCAAUGUCAAUUCUGACUCGGUGCUACAAAAGCCAUUGAUUUUAUUCCAUUUUGCGGAAAGUUUGAACGAUGCGAAAUAUAUGCCGAUCAAAGAUUUCAAAGGAUUGAACCGCAAUUUAAUGAUUGCCAUGGAAAACUACAAUGAAUUCAUUGGUGACAUGAAUUUGACCCUCUUCGAAGAUGCAAUGAGUCACAUCACUCGCAUCAGUCGGAUUAUGAACAGCGACAGAGGCUAUGGCAUGCUAAUUGGCGUGGGUGGUUUUGGUAAACAGUCACUUACUCGUCUCGCCGCCUUCAUAAACACAUUGGAGCUGUUCCAAACGACCGUUCGCAAAGGAUUCAGCAUAGCUGAUUUUCGCGCUGAAUUGGCCACACUGUACAUGAAAUCUGGAAUGAAAAAUAUCAACUGUUGCUACUUAAUGACCGAUGCACAAGUGGCUGACGAGAAAUUUUUGGUUUUAAUCAAUGAUUUUCUAGCAACUGGUCAUGUUUCGAAUUUAUUCGCACCAGAAGAAGUGGCAGAAAUUGCGAGUAAUAUGGUGAACGAAACAAAACAAGCCGGUAUCAAAGACACGCCAGAAAAUUGUUACAAUUUCUUCAUUGAGAAAGUUCGUCGAAAUCUCAAGAUGGUGUUGUGUUUCUCACCCGUUGGACCAACACUAAAGACACGUACGCGAAAAUUCCCGGCUUUAUUGAAUUCAACAACGAUCGACUGGCUCUUUGAUUGGCCGAGAGAAGCUCUAAAAUCAGUUUCCACCGGAUUCUUGGCCAAUAUCGAUGUUUUGCCAAAGCAUUUAGUUGAACCAGUGGGAGAGUUCAUGACCUUUGUACACGGAACGGUGAAUGAAAUUUCGAAAAUAUUCAAUCAAAAUGAAAAGCGAUACAAUUACACCACCCCGAAGACAUUCUUGGAAUUGAUUGCACUCUACGAUAAACUGAUCAAUGACAAAACGACCGAAUACAAAAACCGAAUUAACACACUUCAAAUUGGUCUGCUGAAAUUGGCGGAUUGUGCGAAACAAGUCGAUGGUUUGAAAAUACAAUUGAAGGAUCAAGAGGUCGUUUUGGCGGCCAAAUCAAAAGAUGCCGAUGAAAAGUUUGCUGCGGUGUUGGCAGAAAAUGAGAAAAUCCAAGGCGAACGGGACUUAGUGGCAGAGGAAGAGAAAAAAGUUGCAAUCAUUGAAAAAGGUGUGUCGGAUAAAGCAAAAGUGUGUGCGGCUGAUUUGAAGAAAGCGGAGCCAAUCAUGUUGAAAGCCAUCGCUGCCUUGGAUACACUCGAUAAGAAAAAUCUAACGGAGUUGAAGGCAUUCUCAAGCCCGCCCGAAAUUGUUGUUCAUGUUUGUUGUGCGGUUUCCGUGUUGCUCACACCGAAAAACAGAAAAGUCACACCCAAAGCCAAACGCAGUUGGAACGAGUGUAAGAAAAUGAUGGGCACAGUUGAUGUCUUCUUGCAAAACUUGAAGAACUAUGAUAAAAAGAAUAUUCCACCGGCGGUCAUUACACAAUUAAUACCGUAUUUGAACAUUCCCGGUUUCAACGGUGAAUCGAUCAAAUCAAAAUCACAAGCAGCGGCUGGUUUAUGCGAAUGGGUUAUUAACAUCUACAAAUUCUAUGAAGUUUACUUGGAAGUGGGACCAAAAGAGAGAGCAUUAGAGGCAGCCGAAGGUGAACUUCGUGAUGCGCAAGCCUCAUUACAAGAACUGACGGAUAAAUUGCUGGUGUUCCAGAGAGAGUUGGACGUUUUGGAAGGCCAUCUGAAUGAUGCGAUCAAAAUGAAAGAACAGUGCCAAGCCGAGGCCGAUGCAACCGCAUACAAAAUUGAUUUGGCAUUCCGAUUGGUGAAUGGACUUGCUUCAGAAAAAGGCCGAUGGCUGGAUUCGAUUGAAAAGUACAAAGAAUCAAUCACGAUGUUAGCCGGCGAUGUGCUACAAAUAGCAUGCUUUUUGUCGUACGUCGGCGGAUUUACAACAUCCUAUCGCUCUGAUCUGCAAAACAAUUACUGGUCUACAAAAUUGAAGUCAAUUCAACCAGCCAUUCCAAAUUCAGGUGGUAAUCCGCUUGAGAUGAUUUGCGACGAUGCGGUCGUUGCGCAGUGGAACAAUGAAGGAUUGCCAAAAGAUAGUAUGAGCGUUGAAAAUGCCGCCAUCAUGUUGAAUUCCUCGAGAUGGCCGCUCAUUAUUGAUCCUCAACUGCAAGGCGUCAAAUGGAUUCGCAAACGGUAUGGUGAAGAUUUGGAAAUAACGUCAUUCAAAGUGAAAAACUACCUGGAUGUUGUGGAGAAGUCAAUUCGAAAUGGUCAAACAUUGUUGAUAGCUGACAUAAGUGAGGAGAUAGACUCGAUUUUAGAUCCGUUGUUGGGCCGUGUGUUGGCGAAAAAAGGCACGAUCAUUGUGAUAGGUGACAAAGAAAUCGACUACAAUCCGAAAUUCCGGCUUCUUCUUCAAACGAAGCUAUCAAAUCCGCAUUUCAAGCCUGAAAUCCAAGCCCAAACCACGCUUAUCAACUUCUCCAUCACAGCCGAUGGCUUGAAUCAGCAACUUCUCGCUGAGGUUGUCAAAAUCGAACGAGCCGAUUUGGAGGAGCGCAAAGCCAAUUUGACAAAGCAGCAGAAUGAAUUCAAAAUCACUCUCAAACAACUCGAAGAAGAUUUGCUAUUUCAACUGUCGAACGCCGGUGAAAAUGUGCUAGAAGAUGAAUCGCUUGUGUUGAACUUGGAAAAAUCGAAGAAAACAUCCAUCGAGGUCGAGAUUCAAAUCGAAGAAGCCAGAAAGACAUCCAUUUACAUCGACGAGGUCCGAAUGAAAUACAAACCGGUCGCUGAACGUGGCGUUAUUUUGUACUUUAUUCUCAAUAACAUGAACAAAGUCAAUCCGAUUUAUCAAUUCUCACUCAAAUCAUUUGUGAUUGUAUUUUUGCGCGGCAUGAUAUUCACCGAACCCGAGGAGAAUUUAACCAAACGUUUGAAUGCGCUGCAAGAAAGCAUCACCUAUCAAGUGUUUAUCUACACAAAUCGGGCUCUGUUUGAACGAGAUAAGCUCAUGUUUACAUCGUUGGUUGCGGUCCAAUGCUUGGCCCAAGUCAACAAGGUCAGUCCAAAGGAUUUGGAUUUAUUGCUACGUUUUCAGGCCGGCGAACCAGUCGAUUCGCCUGUGAACUUUUUAACCGAUAUACAAUGGGGCAGCAUCAUAAAAUUGACAAAGCUUGAAACAUUGGUCGGAUUGGAUGUGGAUAUUGAAACAACACCGAAGUUGUGGCGAGUUUUGUUAACAUCAUCACAUCCGGAAAGACAAAAAUUGCCCGGAGAUUGGAAAUACAAGAGUUUGAUUGAGCAAGUUUGUAUAUUGAAGGCAAUGCGCCCGGACCGUUUGAUCAGCUCGAUGCGUUGCUUCAUCGAAAAUAAUUUGGGCACGAGAUUCAUUCACAUUCGUCAAACCGGCUUUGAGAAAACAUUCGAGGAGACCAGCAGUUCGAUACAUACUUUCUUCACGCUUUCACCUGGAGUCGAUCCGAUGCGUGACAUCGAAAAAUUAGGAUUGAAAAUGAACUUUUCAUUCGAUGCAAAUAAUUUGUACAGCAUUUCACUUGGUCAAGGUCAAGAGAUUGUUGCUGAAAAUGCACUCGAUACUGCAAGUCAACUGGGCGGAUGGGUCGUUCUACAAAAUAUCCAUCUUGUAGCGAAAUGGCUUCCAACUUUGGAAAAGAAAAUUGAAACGAUCACCGAAGAGCCUCAUGAUGAUUUUCGUCUAUUUCUCAGUGCGGAGCCAGCUGCUUCGGCCGAAUACCACGUGUUGCCUCAAGGCAUUUUGGAAUCGGCGGUUAAAAUCACAAACGAACCUCCGACUGGCAUGCAAGCAAACAUCCACUCGGCAUUGGACAAUUUCAAUCAGGACGUUCUCGAAUAUUGCAGCAAAGUAACUGAAUUCAGGGCACUUCUAUUUGCCUUGUGCUAUUUCCACGCUGCAGUUGUUGAGAGACGCAAAUUCGGUCCCAUUGGUUGGAAUCGCAUGUAUCCGUACAAUUUUGGUGAUUUAACCAUUUGCGUGGAUAUUUUGAACAAUUACCUCGAAGCAAAUAACAGCACACCAUGGGACGACCUACGUUAUUUGUUUGGCGAAAUCAUGUAUGGCGGACAUAUUACAGAUGAUUGGGAUCGUCGCUUGUGCCGCACCUAUUUGGAAGUGUAUCUUGAACCGAAACUAACCGACGGUGAGCUGUACUUUUCACCCGGUUUCGCUGCACCACCGUGUCUUGAAUACGAUGAAUACCAUCACUAUGUUGACUUGAACUUACCCAUCGAAUCGCCCGAACUCUACGGCCUGCAUUCCAAUACUGAAGUUACAAUUUUAGCCGCCGAAUCGCAGAGUUUACUGGAAACAUUGCUCUAUUUGCAACCGAAACGUGCGGAAAGUCAAUCAGAAGAGUCGCAAAGUCGUGAAAGUAUAAUGCUUGAAAUAAUCGAUGAAAUUUUGGGCAGAGUACCGGGUGAAUUGCCCACAUAUGAACUAUUGGAGAAUACGGAAGAGCGAUCACCAUUCACCAUUGUCCUAUUCCAAGAGUGUGAGCGCAUGAACAUUCUAACAAAUGAAAUGAAUCGUUCGCUCAAAGAGCUGGCGCUCGGAGUGAAAGGCUUCCUUGCAACAUCCGCCGAUAUGGAAGCACUGUCUGAGGCAUUAUUCAUUGGAAAUGUGCCUGAUACUUGGACUCGUCUCGCCUAUCCGAGUAAUUUCAAACUUCAAGCCUGGCUCGCCAAUUUGAUAUUACGAGCUAAUGAGCUUGAAAGCUGGGCUGCUAAUGGCGCUUUGCCACCCUCCGUGUGGUUAACUGGAUUUUUCAAUCCACAAAGCUUCCUCACAGCCAUCAUGCAGCAAACUGCACGCAAAAAUCUAUGGCCAUUGGAUAGGAUGUGUCUAAAUUUCAUGGUUACAAAGAAGAAGAAAGAUGACUUCAAAAUAGCUCCUCGCGAUGGAGUAAACUUACAUGGUCUAUUUAUGGAAGGCGCUCGAUGGAGCCCAAAACUCAAAUCAAUCGUCGAUGCCAUUCCGAAUGAACUGUUUCACGAAAUGCCAGUCAUUUACGUCACUGCAAUCACUGUCGACAAAAGAGAUUUGAAGAACGUCUACGAAUGCCCGGUUUAUAAAGGUACGAUGAGAGGACCCACGUUCGUUUGGACAUUCGACUUGAAAACUGUUGAACCGCAGAGCAAAUGGAUCUUGGCCGGCGUUUGCUUAUUAUUACAAAAUUGAAAUGUAAUUAAUUAAUCGAAUAAAUCAAUCCAAUAGCAUAA